UUUCUCCAAUAAUCUCUCAAAAAAAUGGAUGAUCUUGCUCUUAUCUUUUCUCAUCAUAAUAAUGGUGAGUCAUCAAGAAAACAACUACAUAAAGAAAAAGAAGAUGAAAAGGCAAAUUCUUUAGCUUGUAUAAUUUCUUUCAACAAUAAUUUUGAAAAUUCUUUGUUAAUCCCAAAAGAUGAGGCAAAUAAUACUAUAAGUUUCUCAAAUAUUAAUAAUAUUAUUAGUGCAAAAUUUGGAGAAAGAAGGAGUGGAGAGCAAGCACUUGAACAUUUGUUGGCUGAAAGAAAGAGAAGAAAGAAGAUAUCUAAGUUGUUUGUUUCCUUAGCCUCUCUCAUUCCUGGCCUCAACAAGAUGGACAAGGCAUCAAUUCUUGAAGGAGCAGCCACUCUCAUUAGACAACUUGGUGAAAGGGCAAAAGAAGAUGAUCACCAUCAAUCUACCAUAGACAUGAUGAAUAAGAAUAAUUUAUUACCAGAAGUUGAAAUAAAAAGUUUAGAAAAAGAGUUGCUCAUUACAAUAUUAUUAUACAAAAACCAACAAAAAAGAAAUAUUGAUGAAAUAUUAAGUGUGAUCCAAAGACUUCAUUUAACUAUCAAGACCACCAAUUUCAUGCCAUUUGGCACCACCUCAAUGCAUAUCACAGUUAUUGCUCAGAUGAAUGAUGAGUUUUGUGAAACAACAGAUUUUCUUGCUGAGAAAUUAAGAUCAUUGAUAAAUAAAGUGUGAAGACUAAUGUCUGGACAGCAGACAAGUUAUACAUUUGUUAUUAUAUAUGCAAAUAAUAAUUAAUUAAUCACUAUAUGCUUUUGUUUUUAACUAAUUAAUUGAUCACAUGUAUUUUGUACAUAUGUCUAUCGCUGUAUCGCAUAAUUUAAAAUAUGUUUCUAUAAAUAUGAGGAGAAUAAUAGUGUCAUCCUUUCAUGUAAUGUAAAUUCAUAUUAAUCGAAGACUUCAAUCCAGAUAAUAAAAUUUAUUUUA